AUGAGUUCUUACCAGCAAAAGCAGCCCCUUGUCGCACCUCCUCAGCCUCAACAGCAUCAAGUGAAGCAACCUUGUCAACUUCCACCACAAGGAAAAUUUGUUCCCAUAGCUACCUCUGAGCCAUGCCACACAGAUGUUCCACAACCAGGCAACACCAAGAUUCCAGAACCAUGCAGCACCAAAGUGCCUGAGCCAGGCUACCCUGUUGUCCGUGAACCAGAUUAUACUACAAUGCCUGGGCCAUGUUCUACCAGCAUCUCAGAGCCAGAUUAUACCACAAUUCCUGGGCCAUGCUCUACCAACAUCCCUGGGUCACAUUGUACCGUGGUUCCUAGGUCUUGCUCUACCAAUAUCUCAGAGCCAGAUUAUACCACAAUUCCUGGGCCAUCCUCUACCAAUGUCCCUGGGUCAGAUUGUACCAUAGUUCCUAGGUCAUGCUCUUCCAACAUCACAGAGCCAAAUUAUACCACAAUUCCUGGGCCAUCAUCUACCAAAAUCCCUGACUCCGGCUGUGCCAUGGUUCCUGGGCCAUGUAUUACCAAUAUCUCUGAGCCAAGCUCAGAGCCAUGUUCUACCAACAUUCCUGAACCUGGUUACCUGAAUGCCUCAGAGCCCAUCCACGGCAAGGUUCCUGAUCAGGGCUAUACCAAGAUACCUGACCAGGGAUACUCUAAGGCACCAGAGCCAUGCCAGGCCAAGAUUCCUGAGGUGUGCCCCACAACUGUCACCCCGAUAUUAGCUCAGCAGAAGACCAAGCAGAAGUAA